AUGAAGUAUGCGAUGGCAAGAUGCUUUGAAAACGGCGAGCACGAGGGGCUGACUGCCCUGCUGGGGUCCGCCUCGCCUGACCUCGCGCUGGCUUCCGACGCCUCCGACAGUCUGCCUUUGCCCGACCAUGAUAAUGAGUGUACAACAUCAUCAUCAUCGAGCGUACUGGGCGGCAUCACGACGGUGUCUGUUGCGGUAACGGGGCUGGAGACGCGGCCGUUGUCGCGCAAGGUGCGUCCCAAGCCGGCUUCGCCUAACCGACAAGGACCGCAGCAAUGUCAGGUGUGCAACAAGGUGUUCGGCAACGCGUCAGCGCUAGCGAAGCACAAGCUAACGCACAGCGACGAGCGCAAGUACGUCUGUAUUACGUGUGCGAAGGCCUUCAAGCGACAAGAUCAUCUUAACGGUCACAUGCUGACGCACCGCAACAAGAAGCCGUACGAGUGUAAAGCGGAGGGAUGCGGCAAGUCGUACUGCGACGCGCGCUCCCUUCGCCGACACACGGAGAACCAUCACCAGCCGCCUACUGACACAGGUGCAAGCAACAACAGCAACGUGCCUCCGGGCAGCGGUGAACGCGACACGAAUUCGCUUCGAGUCGCCUCGCCUUCGUCCCCAUCGCGCAGUAACCCGUUACACUCCGAUUUAAGCAACGGCUCGGAGAAGAGUGGUACGAGCACGAGCGGCGGCGGGAGCGGGAGCGGGGGCGGUAGCGACAGUAGCCCGCCCGGUACGCCGCCCGCGCCCACUACACCCCCUUCCAAACACACCAAGAAGACCAGUGGCACUAAACCUAAGAGUUGCAACAAUACGCAGCAGGGAAGCCAAAAAUACGGGAACGUCGCGAAUACGAGCGGGAGCACGAGCGGAGCGGGCAGCGGGCCGGGUACGAUACCCCGACCCAGCGAUACCAAGCCAGUCGAAUGUAACCUGUGUCAUCGUAAAUUUAAAAACAUACCUGCGCUAAACGGUCACAUGCGCUUGCAUGGUGGAUAUUUUAAAAAAGACUCUGAUAAUAAGAAAAUGGACAAGAAAGAAUCCUCUGGACCACCGCUACAAACAGCUUCAGUGUCAGUCCGAGCUCUAAUAGAAGAAAAAAUUAUCAGCCGUCGAGGAGCCAAUGCUCAAUCAACAUCUACAGGUACAAGCACUGACGCAACAUCGUCACGAGCUUUUGUAGCUCCAGCACCUCCGCCCUUGUCAACAAUCCGAUCAUCAGGGACUUCGACGGCUUCUUCUAUAGUGACCACGCAGUUUGUAUCACCACGAGCACCUUCCGUCGUAACGUUAGCUACGAAUAUCACAUCUAAUAAUCCGGCCAUUAGGGAUUCCACACUGAUUGAACUGCUAAAAAAAGAAAACACAAAGGUUGUAAAAAGAUCUACCUCCGAUCCUGGACAAUCUUCGCCACAUCAAGAUUUCUCCUUUCGCCCAGAAUUGUUAGGUGUAUCUUUUAAUUCCGAUGACGGCUAUUAUUCACCAGCAUUAAACGGCGAAGACACUUUUCAAUUUACAACAACACCUGAACAAUUGGAGGAAUUCGCGUCAUUGGAAGACUACGCAACUGUAGCUGCGUCCAUACGAGAACGAUCACCCGUCACUUUCCCAUCGAGUCGACGACUUGCAGCCGUACUAAACUCACCGCUUCCUGAAUCUUUGGCGGACUUUGGCGCUAGUCACGGUGGCUCACCUGCAGCAUCGCCCGGUAUCGGUUACGCGGACAGUUCACCGUGCCUUUCAUAUUCGACUAAUGAUUCCCCAGGAACUACUUAUAAUGUAACAUCACCCAGUGGAAGUUAUUCAAACCAAACUCAACCGUCACCGGGUCUUGCGUAUCCAACUCCUCCGGCAUCUCACGAUGCUUAUUCACCUGCACACACUAUUCCACGUGCUUCAUCACCUUUAUCAGCAGCAUUCUUUACGGCGACGAUGUCAAGUCAAGAAGAGGUGGAAGAAGCUUUAGAAGUAGUAUUACCAGAAGAAUGCAGAUCUUUAGACGCUUAUUCUUUGGAACCAACACCUACGCCACGUCGUAUCAUGCUUAACUCAGAAGAUCCGCUGCUAUCGAGUAGUCCUCGUGACUUUUCUCACCAACGGCACUUUCGUCGUCAACGAUUAACUUCCUUGUCUAUGCCUAUUCACCAAUGGCAAAACGACUCUUCGUUACAGGUCUGCGUAGAAGGACGGGAUCUAGUUCAGGCAGUAUUUUUGAGUCCCAACAGCGUGCCUGCGUCGCCUCAACAACGCAAGCGACGAGCUUCGCCGGCCGGUCCAUACAAAACUCGCAUGCGACGCUCCAGCAGCCAUUAUACACCGCAACCUAUACUGCCACCAGAUAGAGUUGGCUCAGGACUUCUUAUUAACCAGUCAAAUGGGUCAUCAACAUCCGACAAUAAUGAAAUGGCACAAAUGGAAGAGCCUCCUUUACCCAAAAUCAAUAUCGGAGUUGACCAUCAAGCGAACAUACCCGAACUUUGCAACGACCGUAUAGACCUGCACAGAGCACCUGAACAACUGCUUUGGGAUCCAGGCAUUAACGAUGCUCUUGAUGAUAACGAAGUUCGCAUGUUCAUGGAGUUAGCGAUGUGCGCUGCGAUGCCAGUUGGUGGACACACCCGGGAAUACGCUCUACAGACUCUAGGGGAAUGUGGAGGGGACAUCAGAACUGCCACAUUACGCCUGAUGACGCGGCCCGCGGCCCCGUCACAACACGAAUGCCGGUGGACCCCUGACGAAGUUGAAGCUUUCCUGGCCGGCCUUGGACACUACGAUAAGGACUUUUAUAGAAUUUCACAACUAAUAAAAACAAAAGACUCGAAACAAUGCGUCCAGUUCUACUAUUUCUGGAAGAAAGUAACGAAAGACUACAAAAAUCAUUUUCUACGAGGCUGGGUAAACGAACCGCUGCCCGCGACACAAGGUUCGGUAGGGCAGAUAGCGUUACAACGGUCCGCCUCCUGUUCUUCGCCUACAUCGUAUGACGGAGAAGAAUAUCCUUGCAAAAUAUGCGGGAAAGUUUUUAACAAAGUAAAAAGUCGUAGCGCGCACAUGAAAUCGCACCGGCCAUUCGACGCUGAGCCUAAAAGGCCAAAACUCGAAAAGCCUUAUGAAAAGGUUGAGAGACCCGACGACAGGGCUCACGCGGGUGCUGAAUACCAAAGCAAACAGCUGUAACAGACUGGUUGAUUUAUUUCCUCUUCUGUGCCCUCACACCAACUACAAAUACAAAAUGUUUACCAAUAAUUGCUAUCAUUAUCUACUUUUGAGUCAUCAAACUUUAAAAUAAAACCUAAAAACUAAUUAACACUUUUCAUGAGUGUUAUUGAGAAUUAAAAACAGAGGUCGUUUGUUCGCUUACAGUCUGUCCCUACCUUGACCUCAGAAACUAAGACGAAAUGAAAUAAACGGAAAUUAAGAAAUAAAUGCCAAAGGUAGGCAUUUAUUUUGUACACUAGUACUUAAUUUUGUAAAUAAAUGAUUACAAAUUAAUUGUAAUUUGAAAAUGAAAGUUAGUAGAGGUGUUUAGUAAUCCCCAACUAACAAUCCUCGAUUCAAAACAUCUAUCGUUGUAUGUAGUUGCUAAGCUUGAAGAGCAAAUUAAAUAUUUUGUAUAACGAAUGGUAAAUAUGUAGAUAGUUAGGUUAGGAUAUCUUCGUAAAGUUUUUAUAUGACAGACUUCUUAAUGUGACUUGGCAAGUGUGAUGUUGUAAAUAGGUAUCGACUGCGUAAAGCAGGCGAGUUCUAUUCGAAAUAAUAUAUUGUUCUAAUUAAGUAUUACAACUAUAUGAAUGAGUGUGAUACGUUACCGUGUAGCAACUACACUACCUCGUUUCUAUUGAACUAUUUGAGUUUAUUGCGAGCCCAGCUCACUGUUUGCGUUUGCUUGUUUGCUCACUGUCUUGUUAUUUUUUUUAGUAGUUAUUUUUAAUUAUGUCUUAUCUAGUCUUAUUGGACAAAGAUGCAUAAAUAAAUUGUUCUGUUAAUUAGUCGAUAAUGCAACGGAUAUUAAAACGAGCGUCCGUACAUCCACUAGUCACAUAUCGAUAAACAAUUUUAGAAAAAUAUUGACAGAUGAGAGAAAGCUUCUGUGAAUGUGUAGAUAAAUUAUAGAAGCCUAUAAACAAUAUAUAGACAAAAUUUUGGCACAAACUUCUAACUUCUAGUAUUAUUUAAUCGAUACAAAACUAAGAUUCUAUCGUCCAUUUGAUUCCAUUAAAUUCACAGAAGCUAUAAAGAAAUAGUAAAAAUGAUGGAUAAUAUUUUUUUACACAAUAUUAUU